AUGAGCCAUCCCGGAUACUACAACGGCCCUCCUCCCCCGCCCCAGGCGUACCCUCCCCAGGGCUAUCCGCCUCCGCAGGGUGGUUAUCCUCCCCAGGGAUACCCCCAGCAGCCCUACCCUCCGAUGCAAUACCAGCAACAGCCCCCUCCCCAGCAGAAGGACCGCGGAUGUCUCGGUGCCUGGUAG